AUGACACUGGCUAGUCGGAUAAGACGCUCUCGACGCGUUAUUAUUCUGGCCCUGGCGGUUGUGUCUCUUCUGAUCAUGGCGUUUAUCAUUUCCAAGCCCGAUUUGGCCAUGAAACUCGGAGCAGCAGCCACCGAGAGCACCCGAUCCAGACCCAGCGCGUUCUUCGACCGCACUUUGGACUUUCCGGGCGUGGAGAGUGACACAGAUCACCUGGUCAUGGUGCCGUGCCAUGGUGUGUGGAAACAGCCCCGAAAGAGCAGCACCAAGCUGCCGGGACUGGCGUUUUCGGACUGGGUUGCAGGCCCGUUUCUGGAGGGCAAAACCGACAUUCUGCUCAAACACAUCACCGAGGGAGUGCGACGAGCGUCAGAAGACCCCUCGGCGCUCUUACUCUUCUCUGGAGGUCAGACCAAAAAGGCUGCAGGCCCCAUUUCCGAGGGAACCUCCUACUACCAGCUGGCGGAGGCUCUGGGAUUAGACAUGUCUCAGACAGCAGUGGAGGAGUACGCACGUGACUCGUACGAGAACCUGGCGUUUUCGAUUGCGAGGUUCAGGGAGCUGACGGGCCGGUACCCAGUCAGAAUCACCGUGGUCGGCUACGAGUUCAAAAGAGCCCGGUUUGAACAACUGCACCGACCAGCCGUAGGAUAUGAUUCUGACAAGUUUGAGUACGUCGGCAUUGAUCCUGUUUGGGGCGAGGACGAGCUUCCUGAUGCCGGUGAACUGGAACACGCUUUUCUGCCGUUCCAACGAGACCCUCAUGGAUGUGUGGAGCAGGUUCUCCUGAAGAAAAAGAUUGAGAGAAACCCCUGGAGACGCCAGCACCCUUACGCACACACUGCUCCGGAAAUGAAGCAGCUGUUGCUCGCCUGUAACCAGAGAUAG